CAUCAUCAUGCCACGAGUCUGUGAUUAGCGUGACGUUUUGAAGAAUGAAGCACGAGCAUUGCAGAUGCCAUGAGAAGACGACCCGGCAGCAGCUGUUACGGUGAGCCAUGCCGCAUUUCCCAUCUCACCACAGAUCGUGUCAGAAAAUAUCGGGCACAUUUCGGCUCGUUCAUCGCCGUUGCAGCCAAGCGCCGAAAUAGGAAUCGAUGCACCUUGUCACCCCAGACCAACCGAGUGUGGAGGACCUGGAGAAUCCGUGGCGAACAUGCGGGACCCUGGACUGGCCUACCCUGCGAGAUACAAUAUAGGUGGAUGGGUUCCCGGUAUUUGUAUAGAACUACUACUGCCUGGUCGGACUCCGCAACGUUUUGUUGCUCUCUUUCUCCCUUCACCAGCAGCGGCCAGUUGUUUCGGACCUGAUCACGGCCAUGAGUUCCGGCGACUACGACAAGACAGGCGCUGCCAUGGCACAUCAUGUCACUGAUGUCGAUGAUGAUCUCCAGAAGGGGCCCGCAGUCAAGGAGGCCGCUGUGGCAUCGGUCGCUUUGGCGGCUGCUGUCGAAGCCCAGAAGCCGCAAGCAUGGGGUCGCGGCAUGAUUCAACUGUAUAUGAUCAUGGGCAUUGGAUAUCUCGUGUCCACCAUGAACGGCUUCGACAGCUCCCUGAUGGGCGCGAUCAAUGCGAUGCCGAGCUAUCAGCGGACAUUUGGAUUGAGUGGCGCAGGAUCAGCAACUGGAAUCAUCUUCAUCAUUUACAACUUGGGACAGAUCGCUGCAUUCCCCUUCUGUGGCUUUCUCGCAGAUGGCUAUGGUCGGAGAAUGUGCAUCUUCGUGGGCUGUGCUCUCGUACUGGUCGGUACUGCUGUUCAGACAUCAGCAAAUAGUCAAGGCCAGUUCAUCGGAGGUCGCUUCGUUCUGGGAUUCGGCGCUAGCAUUGCCUCUGCUGCGGGUCCUGCUUAUACGGUCGAGCUUGCUCACCCAGCUUAUCGUGGAACUAUGGCUGGCAUGUACAACAACUUUUGGUGGCUCGGCAACAUCCUCGCAGGUUGGACGACAUAUGGAACGGAGCUACACAUGCGACAGUCGUCGUGGGCAUGGCGACUACCAACUCUUGUCCAAUGCGGAAUUCCCGCUGUGGUGAUGUGCUUUGUGCUCUUUUUCCCAGAAACGCCACGUUGGCUGGUGAUGCACGAUCGAAGAGAAGACGCCAUCGCAGUCCUAGCCAAGUAUCACGGCGAAGGCGACCCACAAUCACCGCUCGUAUCCCUCCAAAUCAACGAAAUCGUCGAAGACAUGUCUGCGACGCGCAACGACAACCCAUGGUGGGAAUUCCGAGAGCUCUUCAACACCAAAGCAGCACGAUACCGACUAUACAUGGUCAUCGCCAUGGCAUUUUUCGGACAAUGGUCCGGAAACAAUGUCGUGAAUUACUUCAUGCCUCAAAUGGUCAAGGCUGCAGGAAUCACGAACCCUAGCACGCAAUUGUUGAUCAACGCUAUCAAUCCCAUCUUUAGCUUCCUCGGUGCUCUCUACGGUGCGACUUUACUCGACAAACUCGGGAGACGCGUCAUGCUCAUGGCUGGAUUGGGAGGAGGGCUUUUUGCGUACAUUCUGCUCACGGCAUUUACUGCUGCAUCGGAGACUAAGCCCAACUUGUCCUAUGGUACCAUUGUCAGCAUUUACCUGUUUGGCAUCUUUUUCGCUUGGGGCUGGACCCCCCUCCAAACCCUCUACGCAGUCGAAUGUCUCGAAAACCGCACUCGAGCCAAAGGCAGCGGUUUAAAUUUCCUGUUCCUCAACGUCGCCAUGGUCGUCAAUACAUACGGCAUCAGCGUCGGAAUUGAGAAAAUUGGUUGGAAAUUAUAUCUCGUCUAUAUUGGAUGGAUCUGUGUCGAGUUGGUGAUUAUUUACUUUUUCUUUGUCGAAACGGCAGGGAAAACGUUGGAAGAACUCAAGCAGAUUUUCGAGGCGCCGAAUCCUCGCAAGGCAUCUACUCGCAAGACUAAAGUGGCCAUGGCUGAGGGAGGUCAAGUGGUGCAUGUUGAUUAGGUACAGGUAGGUCUAAGGAGAUUACCGUACCAAUUUAUGAAAAAAAAAAAGAUAUCCCGCUGAGAAUGAGAGACUGUCUAUAAGUUUAAUAAUCUAAGGUAAGGUUACAUGUAUGUGUAUAAAAGGUACAUUUGCCC